UGACAUUCUCUCGGGGGAUUCGUUCGAGACUUGCGUUACGUGUGACCCACUGACUGAGUGAAUCUCUGAAUUGACUCUUUUUUCAAUUCGAAUACGAGCAGAAGUUCCAAUUCCAAUUGCCUUGGCCUGGCCCAGUCUAUAAGCUUGCCACUGAUUAUGCUGCUCCAACUGAUACUGCCGCGGCUGCUGUCCUUGCCGCUCGUCGCUGUUUUUAUUUAUAGAAGACUUUUCCCAUCUUUUCCAUCUCUUCCAUCUUACAUUCGCGGUCUGUGUGCAUAACCGCAGUGUGGUCGCAAAACGUGCACAAAACUCGCCUUGGGGAGUGGGUGGUGGCGAGUGGGCUGGCAAGCGGGGCGGCCAGUGGGGUGGCGCUUUUCCUUUGGCUCUUUCUUAUGCGGCUAAGCGCAUAAUUGCAGUCAUUAUCCGGAAUUAGAUUAGCCCUGUGGUCUUUUUCGGAUUUAUAUCUAUUUCAGGAGUGCCGUUGCACGCUCAAAGGAUGUUUUGAGCGGCACAAAGGACAUGACUGACAUGAUUCGUCUUCUGUAUAAUUCCAUGGCCCACGAAUAUCCUUUGCUCGAUGUUAGCCACGGGCCAAGUCCUGCCCCUGCCCCCUGCCCUCUGCCCACGAGGCUCCAAAUAUUACCAAUGCCUUCACGUGAGUCGGAUCCACAUGCGCCGCUGAGCUCCUGAAGGUGUCACUAGUUUUCAGGUGACGGCGAUGCCCGGGGUAUGACGUGCUAGGAUCACGUUCCCCAUCACGCAAAAUACUCGGAACUGAAAAGUGCAACAAGCGGCUGGCUACAAAGCCCACCAGCCAGCAGCCAUGAGGCAUCAUCCAGCAGCAGCACAAUGGGGAAGCCAUCAGCAGUCACGUUGAGUGGAAAUGCCCUAACACUAGGCUUUGGGGCAGCAGCAGCAGCAACAGCAGCAACAGGCAACAGGUAGAUGUCCGCCCCCCAUUCGGUGGGCCUUCAUUAGCUCGUCCUCGUCGUCCGGUGUGUGUCAGUGUGGCAUGCCUCGUCGGGUGCGCGCUCGGAGCACGAGCGAGCAACGAACAGCGAACACUGUGUGUCCUCGUCGGAGGCGAAGGUUGAAACGAAGUGGAGCUGUCAGACGACAUUGAGGAUGUGUAUAAAAGCAGGAGCCGCAGUGCAGCCAGCAAUAGUCUUCGCCAGAACUCACGGGACGCGACAAACCUCUAGAGAAGCCUGCUCCAAAGAAAGCAUCUCCCAAAAAGCAGCCAAGAAGCAGCUAAGAAGCAGCUCCCUGCUCCACCAGAACUCGAUUUAUUCAAAAGUGAAAUAAACCAGUGAAAAACCAGUGAAGAAAACCCUAAGAAAAGAGACAAAAACUCAAAGAAAAAUGGAUACCCAUUCUCCCAAAAACGGCUCCAAGUCGAGCUCCAGCGGCAGCUCGGCGGCCAGCUCCUCGAUGGAUCUGGGCAGCGGCAAGCAGCGCCACCAGCGCGGCCAGAAGAAGCUCUCCCGCAGCAGGAGUCUGCUGCAGUUGCUCAGCAGGCACCUGGGCAAGCAUUUCCACCACCACUCGCACCAUCCGCAGCACGAGACGGUCUACAGCAGCCAGGACGACAUCCGCAGCAGCUCCACGGACUCCUUCAGCCUGAGCUACGAGCGCGGCUCCCACGAGUGCAGCGGCGGCAUGUCCACGAAUCUGAAUAUGAACAUGAACAUGAACAUGAACGGGGGCUCCAGCCAGGACCUGGAUCAGGAUCAUGAUCAGGAGCACACCUCGAGGGCCUCUCCGGUGUCGGGAUACUCGCGGUACUCGCCCACGGGCCUCGACUACUACGACAACCAGGGGCACAUCUACGUGGAAGCCGUCUUCCGACCGGGCAGCGCCCUGGAGCAGCUGCAUCCCCAGAUGCAUCCCCACUACGACGAGGACUGCAGCGAGGGCAGCAACAGCAGCAGCAGCAGCAACGAGGGAGAGGGCGAUGGCGACAACGACAACGACAACGACGGCGACAAUGAGCGCGAGGAUGAGAACGAGAACGAUAAUGAGAACGAAAAUGAGAGCAGGAAGCCAAGAUCCGCUUCGGCGGCAUCCGCUUCCGCUUCCAAAUCGCACGGACUCCAUCUCAGCCGGAUCUCGAUUUCGUCGUCGGUCAGCCGGAUGCUCCAGCACUUCUCCAGCUCGGCGGCCACCACCGCCAACGCCUCGCUGCGCUCCCUCUCCUGCAGCAGCACGCCCCUGCACCGACAGCUGAAGAAGAAGUCCCUGUCGCCCCACAACUCCAACAGCAGCAGCAGCAGCAGCAGCCACUCCAGCAACAGCCACAGCAACUCCAGCUCCAAGUCGAACUCCGGCUCCGGCUCCUCCUCGAAGAAGGACAAGAAGCAGCAGAGCAUCCUGCGGCCACCAGUGCAGUAUGUCCACAUGAAGGGCAUGUCGGGGCUCUACUCGAGGGUUCCCAGCUAUGCGGUCUGCUGUCCCUACACCCUCCAUCACAUGUACUAAGAGAACCAGACGAACUGGGAGAAGUGACCAGUGGAUGAAGCUGCAAGGAGUGGAAACGGGACUGGAUCUGGACCUGGGGAGAGAUACUCUAGCUCUCUUCGGAUCCAAGUGAUGUACGAGUAGUGCCUAAAAGCCUAAAGCCCAAAGCCUAAAGCCUAGAGCCUAAAGCAAGGGAUUGGAAGGAUUGCAAACAUGAAACGUGACGGGGAUUCUUCUGAGAUUCGUCGGGGAGCAGCAGAGAGCAUAUUUUAUAAAUGUGUGAAAGCUGAGUCCGCGGAGGACUAUCCUCUGCGGAUUGGGCCCAUAAGUGUACCUAAUUCUAUAUACCCCCCUCCCUCCCAGAAAUCAGAACAUAUGUCUACGAGUACGAG